GCAAAUACAGCUCUCAAACCACUGAAGUGUCUAUACGCUUCAUAAAGAACUUGCAGCUUUAGCCUACUGAACAAUCAUCCGGACACAAUGUUUGUGCAUUCUCAAAGUAUUUUAUUGAUAUCCUAUAACUAAUUUUACUUAGUUUAACCAAAUUUACGCAAACUUAUAAGUCAAACACCACGCCAGUGUUUCAAUUUUACUCGUUUUAAUAGAUUUCCCCCAAAACAAUACGUAAACAUUGUGUAGAGUGUUGUGAAACUGUUAAAAGUUCAUUUAGGGACUUUUUUUUACGUUACAAAAGUCAUAUUUGUUGGUCAUGUCCACUUGAAAGUGAAGAGCAUUGACAGGCGAGUGUGAGGCAACAUAAAGCGCACAUGUAUUUCAUUUGCAGAGGAUUACGCUCGUGACAUCUAAUCGUUCAGGCUCAGAUGGACGUGAGGUCCACAAACAGCAGCACGUGAAGUGGGACAGCGCUUAGUCUGUACUUUAACACGUUAUGUAGUUUAUUUAACAUUUAGCAGUAAUUUAAUUUGAGCCUUGUGUCUACCAGGACAUUUGUUUUUACUUUACAUGACAUGUAAGGACACCAUGGUCACUUUUCUUGAUUUGGAAAUUAGUUUCAAAGCUCACAUCAUUUCUCUCAUAAAAAUGCAUUAGAGGAAUAAAAUAGUUUAAGCUGCAGUUUGGACUGAUUUGUACAGACGAGCACAAUGUUGCUGAUGAUUAUCAUGCUGUGCCUAUCCAGUGCAGAAGGAAUGAAGGUUGUGGAGUUGUCAGAUGACCCAAGAUCCAUGUCCCCUUUCGCUGUUCUCCCAAGUGUGAACUAUCAAAUCAUCAAUGCAGACUACCUCCUCCUCAGAGAGACAAGUCAGGACGUAAUGGACAACUCAAGCCUGCGGGCACAAAGACAACCUUUCAUCCUGACUGGACUGAAUGGCCAGCCAGCCAUCAAUGUCAGCUUUGGUUCCAUGUCUUUGGAGCAGUCUAUACCAUUGCAUAUGAUCCACACUGGCCCCAGGAUCCGAGCGUUUAUAUUGGCCCGUCAGGUUCGAUCAUCUACGCCUGCCUUGUAUGUGUUGUUUUAUGCAACCGGCAAUAGGGAUGAUACGAGCGAGGGGCCUAUUCAAAAUGUCCCAGGGCAGAACGAAGGAGGGUAUAUGUGUGUUACUCUAUACGCCUUUUGGGAAUCUAAAGAAAUCCGGGAUAGCUGCUCUAUUUCGGCAGAUGGAGGUUUCUGCUUGGUGCACCUAAGGCCCGAGCCAUCAUGGUUCAACCCUGCAGGAGGCAGGUCCAGUUGGGAACAGAGAGGUGAUCAAAGAGGGAAUGUUGCUGAACUUUAUUACCAAAUUAGACCCAGUCCCAGUGGUCAAUGUGUCCCGCAAGAAAGCAAGAUAAGAAGGGGUCCACAACAUGGUGAGCUAGGACGGCAGGUGUAUGGAACCUCCAUGAAGAAGAUUGGGACUGUAAACCUACUGCGAUCACCUCCAGGAAACCCCACGUUUAUGCGUUUGCGCCUUGGAGGAGCUGUGAUCAUCCAGACGUCCUCGAAACCACUGAAGACCACAGACACUGCCACUUUCUAUGUGUUCCUAUCAAGCACAUCACCAGUGGAACAUUUCAUUCUGAGAGCCACAUCCAAAAAAGGCAUGUCCUUCAGCACAGCCAGACCCAGCGAUGCACACCAGUGGGACAUCACUCUGGAACCUGGCAGAGGAAGUGACGCCCAAACCAUCUCUGUGACCUGCCAGAAGAAAAGCACAUUUGCUAGCAAAAGAGGUCUGCUGGAGGUUUUGCAGCUGGACUUUGAGACUGAGGAGCAGAGCGAUCAGUUAGAGAGCCAGAUGAUCACGUGGAGGCUGGAGCUGCCUGGAAACAUGAUCCGGGAUGAAGGGACCAUGAGGAUUUACACCAUUCAGAGAGACUAUGUGGGAAUAGCACCCCUGAUCACGGAUACGGAGCUCCUCAACACGGCCAUGCUGACGGGUAAGAAGGUUUCUGUCCCUGUGAAGGUUUUGGGAGUUGAGGCUGAUGGCUCCAUCACAGACAUCACUAACUCUUCUCGCUGCAGGUCUUCAGACCAGGAUGUCCUGAAGGUGUCAGAGAGGUGUGAUUCUGUGUAUGUCAAUGGAAAGGAGACGCGUGGCAGGGUAAAGACAAUGGUGAACUUCACCUACAGUUACCUCAGUGCUCAGUUGGAGGUGAAUGUGUGGACACCUCGACUUCCUCUGCAGAUGGAGAUGUCCGAUACAGAGCUCAGCCAGAUCAAAGCUUGGAGAGUUCCUGUCUCUGGCAGCAAAAAAGUGAGCUGGGACACUGAGGAAGAUGAUGAGAGGAAGGGUCGAGGCUGUAUGCUGCAGUAUCAGCACAGUUUGAUUCGAGUGCUGACGGUCUUCACCGCAGAAUCUCCAGAUCCGAGCAGGCCUUCUCCUGCAUACUUUCUCGGCUCGGAUUGGCAGGUUGAUGUGACGCGCCUGGUGCGCUACUUUCUGAGAGUUGGGGAUACGAGUAUUGCACGCCUCCAGGCAGGAACCGUACUGACAGGCAAGGCUGUGGGAGUCACCACUGUGCAGGUGAUGUCUCCGCUGUCAAGCUCAAUUCUGGCUGAGAGGGUGAUCCGGGUUCUGGAUGAUAAAGUCAGUAUUACAGAGCUGGGUGUGCAGCUGGUCUCUGGCCUUUCCUUGAACCUUCAGCUCAGCACAGGAAGCAACAGGGCCAUUGUUGCCAAGACGACCACACAGGAGAUAAUACACUACCCCAAGCAGGAGGCAGUGGUUGGAUGCUGGCUCAAGUUCAGCGAUGGAUCCCAGACUCCUCUUGAUCUUUAUGAUCCCAUUGGCUACUCCCUCUCCAUCUCCUCAAUGGACCCAAAGGUGGUGUCAGUGCAGACCAUCCAAGGGUCUGUCUUUGCUGUGGUUGCUGAAGGCGAGGGACAGGGUUUAUUACUCAGAGCAGAGCUCGCCAUCUGUGAGGCCUGUCAGAAAUCCAAACGCAAGAGCAAAUUGGCAGUGGGUGGAGGAAUGGUGAAGGUGAAAUUCCCAUCAGAUGAACAGCUCUCCGGGACUGGCAAGAAAGAAAGCAUUCGGGUCACAGAUGAUGUGGAUAAAGACAGCGACUCCAAAUUGACCCUCACAUCCCCUCUGAACAUUCUUCAACACACCAUUAUGCAAGAAAGUACGACAAGUGGGAUCAAAUCGGCAACUAAAUCCAAUCUUCAAGAAGCAAUUGGAGGUGGUGUAUCCACUAUUAAGGCAAUUAACUUUUUGAAUAAAACUCUCAUCACCAAGCCCAUUGCAGACAGAGCACUUGUUACUGUAGGCCCUAAAAGUCAAAUAAAAAACGCAUAUGGAAACUUGCUGGAGAAGCCCAACUUCCCGUUUCCACCAGAGGAACCCAAGCGAGAACCGCCCCUAGUGGAAAGCAACCUGAUACAGAUGUUUAGUGUGUUCACAGACAUCGAAGUCUGCAUCUAUGCACUGGUAGGACUCUCCUGCUUGGCUAUGAUUGCUGUUUUGCUUCACUGCGCCACCAGCAGUGCACGCACCCGCAAUAGGAAGACUCCCAUUCAAUGCCAGGGUCAACAUGAACACAGGCAUCACUGGGUUCGUCUAAGCACAGCUGCAGAGCAAAGCAGAGCUGUGCCAAUUGCAACCGCUUCCAAUCCAGGAACGCAGGCAGCUGUUGAAAUGCCACGAGCCAUUCAGACCAGCGUAAACCCUGAGAUGAUCCAACCUAGAGAGAUCCCAGCCAUCGCAGGUGAGGAGAGAACUGCAACUCUGGGACGAAGAACCAACACUCUUCCUCCAAGGCGCGAACCGAUGGCUCCGCUUCCUCCAAUGGCGGUCAGAUCAGCCACACUGUUGGCCAAGCCUGUGCGCAGCGAGCCUCUGCAUUCUCCAACAAGCAAAAGAAAUCAAGUCCAGUUCACAACCUUCACUACUCUAGACAUCAAACAUCUGGCUGCCCUCAAGAAGAGCGGACAGAACUUCAGCUGGCCCAGUCAACCGGUUGGAGGUUGUCAGGCUGCCAGUAUGAGCCAGGCUGGGUUGAAUGGUAAGGCUGAAAGGGUCAAUCAUGUACAUUUUUGUAGCCCAGUGGAAAUGUUUGGUCAGCAGGAGAACAUGGAGUCUAAAGGGUUUCUUCCAGAUGCUCCGUGGCCUGUGGUGACACCAGUGUCAAAUGUGUGAUACAAGAGUGGGUUAUUUAUACUACAGCUCCACCGGCCUCAGUCAUACAACACAAACAGCCAUUUAUGUGUAAAUUACUAGGAAAAUGCAUUCAUACAUCAAUUGAUCUGAAUGCAACAGUUUAUAAGGGAUGUUUUUCAAGCAAUUUAACACAGAAAUUGUUUUUUUCAUGAAUACGUUUCUGCAAGUAUGUAAAUAUUUCUGCAACCUUUUACAAAGUUUUACUGUUCCUGCUUUUGUAUAUUUGUACACAUUCAAAACAUAAUAAUACAUAGUAUAUAGUGCUCAGCAUAAAUGAGUACACCUCUAUUGACAGUUAACAUUUGAUCAACUUAACUUUGAAUAUAGCUAAUUAUAAUUAUAAUAAUAAUUGGUGCAUUUAAACAAAACAGUUUUAUUGAAAAGUUAUUAAAAUAAGAGUGCAUUUAUUAAGAGUUUGGUCAUCUAGUUUCAGACAAGUUUAAGCAAAAAAAAAAAGACAAACUAAAAGAUUUCAACUAAAUUUUGUAUUUUUUAUGUUUAUCUAAAUUUUACCUGUUUAUUAAAAUGUUAUAUUUAAAUUUUUGUCAAACAUAUUCAUUUGAAUGUACAAAGUUUUCUGCCUGUUUACUAUCAGUUUUAGCUUUGGUACUGACUAAUCUAUUACGUACAGUUGAAGUCAGAAUUAUUAG